UCCACCCGUAGCCGUUUAUGCCGGAAAACAGCGUUUCGCGCGGGAAAUCAUGUUCUGGCACACGUUAAUUACAAAACCGAACAACGGCAUGCUUCGGGAACAGCAGAAGUAAUGUAGUCAACCUAAACAUCGUCGUUCGUUGACGAUCAAAAUGGCAACAAUUUAACGGCAGCCGUUUUAUCAGGUAAUACAAAAUAGGAGGGUGAGCUUUGCAUGUGCGUAUCGCUCUCACUCACUUAAAGGGCCGUGUAUUCAUCAAUCGCACACAGUUUCUGACAGUAUCCUGCUAAUCUUUCAACGCUUACAAACUGUAUGCAGUCGAGACCCUGCGCGUACACCACCGCCUCAUAACUGAUAAGCAAAAAAUGGACGAUUCCUGUGAAAAUAUACCACCCGCCACGAUACCUAGUGUAGAUGUCCAUGUCUGUGGGCUACAAGUGAAGUUCCCUUUUCCGCCUUACCCAUCGCAGAGGGCAGUUAUGUCGAGGGUACUUCAAGGGCUUACAAAGAAGCAGAACUGUCUUAUAGAAUCCCCUACUGGCAGUGGGAAAAGUCUUUCCCUUCUUUGCUCUUGCUUAGCUUGGCAACAAAGAGAAAAAGUGAUAUAUGAGCAGAAGGUCUUAGCAGCAGUACAGUUGAAAGCGAAAGAGAAAGUCGAACAAAGAAAAGCUGACAAGGCCACAUCAAAGAAAGAGGCAUGCAAGACAAGUGCUACUUUAGAACCUGCUGUUCCAGGUCCACAUCUUGCAGUGCAGGAUUUUUCAGCUGAAGCACCUGCUGGAGAUUCGAAAGGAUGCAGUAUCAGCAUCUCAAGCUCUGACAGCGAGGACGACUUCCAACCUUCCAAGAGGCAGCGUCGCUCCACCAGCGGGGCAUCCUUAGGCAAGGUCCUGAAAUCGAUGACAAACACAGAGAAAAAAGAUGAACUAACCACUGAACGACAAGGGGAAAGAACUCUCGAAUGCUGUGGCGCACAAGAGGCUGCUUCACCUGUAGCGCCGUCUGAGAAGACUACAUGCACAGAUAAAGAAGAGCUGCAAAGGGUACCAUUGAUAUACUACGGCACACGGACGCACAAGCAAAUUGCUCAAGUCGUGAGGGAGCUCCGAAAGACGGUGUAUGGAUCCGUCAGGAUGGCCAUCCUGUCUAGCCGUGACAGAACUUGCAUUCAUCCUCAAAUCUCCAAAAUGAGCAACAGGAAUGAGCACUGCAAGGAGCUCCUUGAGGACAAAUUUCAGGGCUGUGCAUUCCAUUCCCGUGUGAAGAAAUUUGAGGACUUUCCAACGCUUUAUCACAAUGGGAUGAUCGAGCCGUAUGACCUGGAAGACCUCGUCUCUAUCGGAAAAAGGUUAAGGGUUUGUCCCUAUUUCUGGACGUUGGACCUUAUCCCACGAUGUGAUAUCGUGUUCUGCCCCUACAACUACCUCAUUGACCCAAUCAUCAGGAAGUGUUUGAGUAUCAACUUGAGUAACAGCGUUGUUGUUCUCGAUGAAGCGCACAAUAUUGAAGACAGCUGCAGAGAAUCUAUAAGCUUGUCGAUAACACAGGACCAAAUCAGAGAGAUGAUACGAGACCUUGAAGAGAUGCAAAGACAAGGAGUUAGCCCUGAUGAACACUUUGCUGUUGCAAAAGUGAUGUCAGCCCUAAGCGUUUGGAUAACACGCCACUCAGACCAUCUUAAUGACUACCGUAACUUUGAUUUGUCCGGUAAAGUGUUGGCUGGGAAAGAAAUCCUCGCUCUACUGACUGAAGUCGGUUUAGGAGAACAGGCAUUUCCAGUUAUCAAGAGAAUCGUUACAGCAAUUACCACCGUUGAGAAGGACACGGAUGAGUACGUUCCCACACUGCUCGCGUCAACAUCUUCCACGCUUCAGAAUAUUGUUCUGAUACUCGAAUACCUGUACGUGGAUUCAAAGAAAUACAUGGAUGACUUCAGAGCUGCACUUGUGAAAACAGUAUCAAAGAAAAAGCACUUUGAGUCACGUAACGGGUGGCUGAGCAAGGACAAUUUCUCGAGUAAUUCUUGGACGCAUACGCUGAGCUUCUGGUGUCUGAACCCAGCCGUGGCAAUGUCUGACAUCAAGCGUAUGACUCAUUCUCUUAUUGUGGCAUCUGGUACCCUCUGGCCCAUGGACUCUUUUGAGUCGGAGCUUGACACCGCAUUUCCCUUGAAACUCCAAACCGGGCACGUCAUUUCAAAUGAUUCGGUAUGGGUUGGAAGCCUGUCAACUGGCCCUUCUGGACAACAGCUGACAGCAACCUUCAAGAAUACAGAAAUUCUGUCUUUCCAAGAUGAAGUUGGAAGCACAGUUCUAGAUGUCUGCAAAAUUGUUCCGUACGGUGUCCUCUGCUUCUUUCCAUCAUACGGCAUGAUGACUAAACUGGUUCAAAGGUGGAAAAACACUGGACUGUGGGAUGAGAUGUGCGAGUACAAGGUGGUUGUAGCAGAACCGCAACGUACGGAAGAAGGCUCCUUCGAUGCGACCAUGCAAGAGUACUAUGACGGCGCGUCCGGCAAAGCACUAGGCUGUACACAGAACGGUGCCCUCUUGUUGGCUGUUUGCCGAGGAAAAGUUAGUGAGGGCCUUGAUUUUGCAGACAAUAGUGCUAGAGCGGUUAUCACGGUGGGAAUUCCUUUCCCCAGCAUUAAAGACAUCCAAGUUGACCAGAAAAAGAAGUACAAUGACCAGUGUAAUAAGAUGGGCAGACCUGUCAUGUCAGGGCACACAUGGUAUGAAACCCAAGGGUUUCGAGCUCUGAAUCAAGCACUUGGCAGAUGCAUACGUCAUAGCUCUGACUGGGGAGCUCUUGUAGUUAUUGAUCAUCGUUUCACAGAGAGGGAGAGUUACAGGAAAGGUCUCUCGAAGUGGAUACGAGAAAAGUUGUGUCGCUAUUGGACCUACAACGAUGCGAUGACAUCGCUUCGCAAGUUCAUUGAACUGAAGGUUGAAGGGCAGAACAAAAUAGACUUGGUGCAGAAGCCCGAUUGCUCUACACAAAUGCCAGCCCUCAAGUGCCGUUCCAGUGUAACUUCAAGUGCCGGUGAUCGCUUUGCAUGUGCAACUGAAAGUGAAGGACAGUGCUGUGGCUCGUCAGUGGUCAGUGGCGACGUGAAAUUGGGACGUCUUUCCUCCAGAAGUGUGGAACCUAUUGACGUAGAUGACAACGCAACAAUUAGACCCAUAUAUGUUGACACAGAAAGAAGUGUUGAACCUAUUGACGUAAACGACAACGCAACAGUUAGUCCCGUGUACGUCGACACAGAAGUAGGUGCCGAGCUCGUGGUCGCUGAAAAGACCAUGUCUGUCGACGGGUAUGUCAGUGUGGUGAGUGAGUCAUCAUGUUCGAGCCCAGAAUUGUUUUAAGGUGGUUUUGUGUUGGUUGUUAGGCUAGAUGAUAUUUUACAUACAGCACAACGUACCUUCUUUUGGUACCACCGAAUCAUUUAAUGUUCCGUCUAAUAAAUAAUGAUCGAGAAAUCAA